ACCUUGAAGGUAGGCUAUUCUCAAACGCGAGGGCGUACUUGUAGAUGACAUGUCCUGGUAGUGUGCAUAAUUGUGGCUGCCACCACGCUCGUGACAUAGCCUGACAGCGCCCAGGAAAAACACAUGUGACUUCUGUCUGCACACUGCACAUCCACGUGAAGACUUGGCGUAAAACAGAUAGCGAAUAAUAGUCUGUUCUUUGGAAAUGUCACUAAUCGAAGAAUAUGGAGACGGUGAAUAUGAGAGGGCCGCUAAGCGCCUCAAAACGUCGGAGGUUGAGGAAGGAGAGGACCUAGAGGAGGGAGAGGAUUCAGACUCAGCAUCCGCGGAGCUGCUUGGAGAUGAAGAGGAUGAAACGGGGCCCAGUGGGGAGCAACGCGUCCGCUGGACUCUGUCAAAAUAUUGCUCGGAUAGAAAGGAUAAUGGUGAUAACUCACACCGCAUCGCUCCAUCGCCUGUAGUCCAUGUGCGGGGUCUGUGUGAGUCUGUGGUGGAGGCUGAUCUUGUGGAGGCCUUAGAGAAAUUUGGAAAUAUCUGCUAUGUAAUGAUGAUGCCAUUCAAGAGGCAGGCAUUGGUAGAGUUUGAAAACCUUGACAGCGCUGACCGUUGUGUGACCUAUGGGGCUAAAGAAGCUGUAUACAUUGCCGGCCAGCAGGCCUUCUUCAACUACUCCACCAGCAAGAGGAUCACAAGACCCACCAAUGCGGAUGACCCAAAUAGUGGGAACAAAGUGUUACUACUCUCCAUCCAGAAUCCACUCUACCCCAUCACUACAGAUGUUUUGUACACAGUCUGCAAUCCUAUUGGCAAUGUGCUGCGUAUAGUGAUCUUCAAGCGCAACGGAAUUCAGGCCAUGGUGGAAUUUGAGUCCAUUCAGAAUGCCCAGAGGGCGAAAGCCGCCUUAAAUGGAGCAGACAUAUAUGCAGGAUGCUGCACUUUGAAAAUUGAAUAUGCGCGGCCCUCACGCCUCAAUGUAAUCAGAAAUGAUAAUGACAGCUGGGACUACACAAAGCCCUUUCUCGUCAGGAGAGAACGUACCAAAGGAAGACAGCGACAGGCCAUUUUAGGGGAGCAUCCCUCUUCUUAUGGAGAUAAUGGCUAUGGCUCUCACUGCCCCCUAUUGCCACUGCCCACCAACACCAGAUUUAAGAGAAGCUCACAUGAUUUGCCAGAGGUGGUCGCUUAUCCUUUACCCCAGACUUCCUCCUACAUGGGGCAUGCCACAAGCUCAGUUGCCAUGGUGAGCGGCCUUCACCCUGGGAAGAUGAACUGCACCCGUAUCUUUAACCUCUUCUGUCUCUAUGGAAACAUUGAGAAGGUGAAGUUCAUGAAGAGUGUGCCAGGCACAGCAUUGGUGGAGAUGGGUGAUGAAUAUGCUGUGGACCGAGCCAUCACACACCUCAACAACAUCAAGGUCUUCAGCAAGAGGCUUAAUGUCUGUGUGUCCAAGCAGCAGGCAGUCAUCCCAAGCCAGGUCUUUGAACUUGAGGAUGGCUCCAGCAGCUACAAGGACUUCGCUAUGACCCGCAACAACAGAUUCACAAGUGCUGGGCAGGCCUCUAAGAACAUUAUUCAGCCACCAUCGUGUGUCCUCCAUUUUUACAAUGUACCUCCUUGUGUGACAGAGGAUGAGCUACGAAGGUUAUGUUCAGAACAUGGUGUCCCUGGUUUCAUCAAGUUCAAAGUCUUUGAUGCCAAACCCAGCUCUAAAACCAUAUCAGGUCUGCUUGAGUUUGACAGCAAGACAGAUGCUGUGGAGGUGCUAACAGUGCUCAACCAUUACCAGAUCAGGAUACCAAAUGGAUCCAACCCUUACACUUUGAAGCUGUGUUUCUCCACUUCUUCUCAUCUAUAAGCCGAAGAACUAGAAAGGGACAUAAACCAUGGAGUAUUCAUGUUAAGAAAGAAGAAUGGAAUAGCAGAUCAAAGAACUCAUGUACAAAGGAAGAGCCAAAGUGCAAAGCACUAAAAUAACUAUUUCUUUAUUGGAAGUUGCAAACACCUAUGGCCAAAUCUAUCAGUCUUUUAAACAACAGAAAACAAUUUACUGUGUGUACACACUUUCCCACUUUUGGUUAUCGCACACAAUGCCCAAGUCUCUUCACAAACGUGAGUCAGAUAAGCCUGAAUUUGACACCCUUAACAUCCACUCUUGCAGUGAUCCUCAUAUGGGCUGAGACACAUCUUAGAUUGAACAGAUUAUCAUGUACAUCUUUCAGGUAAACCUCUCCACGGAUGCUGCAUACACCAAUGUAUGAACUGUAUGUAUGUAUGCAUACUUCAUAUAUGAUGCUUGUUGUGCAUCCUGAAGGUUUAUCCAUGUGUGCAAAGUUAAAUAUGCACUAAUAUUAGAGAUGUGAAUUCUCGGUGCAUUACGAUGCAUGUUGUUUUUAUUAAACAGCUGUUUUUUUUAACAUUAUUUAAACCAAGUUAACUGGUUGAUCCACUCCCAUAUAACUGACACGAUAGCUAUGUUGAUGGUCCAAUUAAGAUAAUAAUAGCCCCACCGAAAAAAUACAUCAGAGAAAAUCGUACCGUAAUGAAUGAUAUGGACUGUUUAGCCUCCUUACAUCACUGUUAGUUCCUCUUAGUGUCACCUACUGCAAAUCACAAAUAUGAUGCAUACGCCACCUCAACACCAUGCUCAGAGGUACUGUAUGUAUGUUUUUCCUUGGAUUAUCUUUCAUCAAUACCGUUUUAUGUGUGAAGAAAUGCUUAGCAUGAUUUUAGUGAAUGUGUUAACACACAUCGACACAGGAGGCCCUUAAAGGUGUCUGUAUUGUGUCACAAUUUCUCUUUACAAUCCAUUAUUCUCUUUGAAUAUCAUGUCCUAAACAUGUCCUUUUAUUCUAGCAUGCCAUUUGGCAUCUGCAUUAAGUGAUUGUCCUGGUACAGGAGGAAAUGGGAUUAAAUUAAUUCAUUUAGGCCUAUCUGUCAACUUGGCUUUUGUUAGAUUUUUUUUCUGUAAUUUUGUUGUCAAUAUGAUGUCAUUGGCACUGCUUGUAAGCUGUGUACUUCCUAAAAAAUCAAUAAAUCUAUAUGUCAGACAUGUCCUAGUUGGAUCAACCUAAAUGACCUUAGUGUAUUUGUGCCUGCAUCAUUGUAGAUAAUCAGAAUUGUUGAGGAACAUAAUUAAAAGAUGUGAAAUCUGUAAAGACUGUAAUGUAGAUUGUAUUGUAAUAUAUCAUCAAGACAAUGUGUCACAAUUUAUCAUUUUCUUUCAUGAAAGACCAACUUUGUUUUGUGUUCAUUUAGGUCCGGGCCAUUUUGGUGCCCUAAGCAGAGGUGUGCUCAAAUUUGCAAACAUAGGCGAACGUUUGCAAACAGCUUUCUGUUUGCCUUGAGUUCUCGCCAAACGUUUGCGAACACUCGCAAACAGUUUGAGGAGGUCGUUCUCCGUGAACAGAGAGUAGACCUGGACGUGAUCUGGGCGAAGUGUUACCGUUACAAUAGACUGUUUACACCAAAUCAAUCAAAUUUAUCUGUUCAGAGAAAACAUAUUCACCACGAACGUUCACCACUGCUGAAUUUGAACGCACCUCAGAAUUGUUUUAGUUAUGAUUGUGAUGAAUAUUUAACUCUUAGUACAUUAUAUUUAAAUGAUAACACAAAUGUCAAUGCAAACAAUUAAAGUUAAAUAAAAGGCCUAUAACUUACAAA